CAAUGUGACCUGUAUCCGCCAUUCCCUUAUGAUAAAACUGCACGGCUCCAAUAUCUCUAGACCGGAGCGCACGCGUGGAGCGCGCACUGUCUCUCAGAGUAACGACACUCACAGUCCGGUGUAAAGUCACUUGAGCCGAGCCAGCAUCUGCGACUAAGAUUCUCCUUCCAGAGGUGAAAAUGGCCGAGGACAUUAAAGCCAAACUUGAGAAAUACCGCACCGCUCCCUUUGACGCCAGAUUCCCCAACCAGAACCAGACCAGGAACUGCUGGUCCAACUACGUGGACUACUACCGCUGCCAGAAAGCUUUGGAUGCCAAGGGAUUAGACACCCAGCCCUGCGAGUGGUACAAAAGGGUCUACAAAUCGCUGUGCCCCAUCUCCUGGCCAAAGCGAUUCGACUCUCUAAGCUUUGCUAAACAUCACAAGUUAUUACCACCUCUCAAACUGGAACGCUUUCUUGUUCCUCCUGUGGUGUAA